AUGCCUUCUGCUGAUAGGGGUGUCUUCUCUUUGAUCAUCAUCAACAAAGCUGGAGGUCUGAUAUACCAGCGCGAGUUUCAGGCUGGCCUGCGCAAACUCUCCACAAAUGAUUACCUCGUCCUAGCCGGUACCUUUCAUGGUGUCCAUGCCAUCACGCGCUCCAUUACACCGAGAAUUCCCAACUCCCAACCGCCUCCCUCUCCUGCUACCUCCUCCCCGGGCACCGCGCCCGCUGUGUCGGGCUACUCCUAUCCAAACCCAGGAGUAGCAGUGACUGGUAUAGACUACCUCGAGACAGACAAGUUUCGACUGACGUGCUUCCAGACGUUGACAGGGACAAAGUUCUUAUUGUUUACAGAUCCCAUGACCGGAAACGUGGAUACCAUUGUGCAGAAGAUCUACGAGCUCUACGCGGACUUUGUGAUGAAGAAUCCGUUUUAUCAGACCGAAAUGCCAGUGCGAUGUGAGGCAUUCGACCGGCAUUUGGGGGCGUGGUUGAGGGGGAGGACAUAG